AUGAACCACUCGUAUCAGCAACGAUGUCCUACGAGAUUGAGCGACAAUAUCAACCCAGAUAUGGAGUUCUUCGACGAAGAUAGACGAUCUGCCUUCAGCUGGCAGGACAUUCGGCUGGCUACGUCAACUACAGCCGCGAGCGCACAGACACACAGUUGCGCAGCCAAUCAAAGUUUUUACCCAUAUACCGGAGAUGCUAGUGUGUUCGGUAACUUUGCCUUCGAUGAUUUCGGUGCUCCUUCGAUGGAUGACAGCUUCUUGACAUCGAUGCCAUUGCCUUCGCAGCCCGACUUUUUCCCGACUCAGCCUUCGUACCCUGCAGCAGGAACGGGUCAUGCCUUCCAACCCAUUGCUCCAGCUACUGCUGCGCAGAUGAACGUGGCUGCACCACCUAACCAGCCUUCUGGUGCACGUGCCAACGCUCGUCACCGCACUGCCGAGACGCGCAUCAGCUGCACCGUUGAUGGCUGCACCAAGCCCUUCCGCCGCCCUGGCGAUUACCGCCGCCACAUGCGGAAGCAUCAAGACCCUAUCCUAAAGUGCAUUGUCGACGACUGUGACAUGAAGUUUUACCGCCUGGACAAACUUCGUGAUCACAUACGCCAAGGCCACAAGAUGGUCCUGUAG